AUGCGGCCAGCAAACCGCGACGGAUUCGAGAUCGCGAUUAUCUGCGCGCUGACCCUCGAAGCCGACCCCGUCGAAGCGCUCUUCGACGAGACGUACGAUAAAUUCGGUAGCAUCUAUGGGACAGAGCCUGAAGACAGCAAUACCUACAUCACAGGGAGAAUCGGGCCGCAUAAUGUCGUGCUUUGCUACCUCCCCGGGAUGGGGAAGGGGAGUGCCGCGUCUGCUGCUGCGAAUCUUCGUAUGAGCUACAGACAGAUUCAGCUUUCGUUGCUGGUUGGUGUCUGUGGGGGAGUUCCUUUUCCUUCCAAGGAGGAGAUUAUCCUCGGCGAUGUGAUUAUCAGCAAUGGCAUCGUUGAGUAUGACUUUGGGAGACAGAAUCCAGACGGCUUUCGGCGCAAGAUUGAUUCCACGGAGGCUUUAGGAAGACCGAGCCCUAAGAUCAGAUCGUUUCUCGCGGCCUUGAAGGGCCAGGCUGCGCGGGACGAACUACGAGAGCAGACGGGCCAGUAUAUUCAAUCGUUGAAGAUGAAGCAGACUCAGUGGCAGAGACCAAGCAACGACCAGGAUGUUCUUUUCGAACCGUCGUAUAGACAUAAGCACUACAGCCCGAAGGAAGGUUGUAUCUGCCUCUCUUGCCAGUCCAACAAGGACCCCAUAUGCGAUCAAGCGUCAAAGUCGGACUGUAUAACCCUCGGCUGUGCAGGGAGUGUCAUCCACCGGGAUCGACUCGCUGGAAGUGCGCAUUCAUCCAUUCACAUUGGAAAGUACGCCUCUGGUGACACGGUCUUGAAGUGUGGAGAGCACCGCGACAAGCUAGCAUCUGCCGAGGGUGUUAUUGCAUUCGAGAUGGAGGGCGCUGGUGUUUGGGAUAAUGGACCCUGCAUCAUUAUCAAAGGAGUAUGUGACUACGCCGACAGCCAUAAGAACAAGAUAUGGCAGCCAUAUGCAGCUGCAGCGGCUGCAUCUGCCUCCAAAGCGCUUCUUCAGCGCUGGGCUGUUGCGCCUCAACAACGUAUAUCAAUGAAGCCCCAGACGUCUGACUUGUCUCUUGCCUUGCGAUCCUAUUACACCGCAGCUCGACGCCUGCAGGUACAGCGCAUCUCUGGAGAACUAUUACCAAUGGACCGAUGCUAUAUAAACAUGGUCCUGAUCAAAGAAGACCGCUCUUCCCGUCCGAAAGCAUUGAAUCUCCCCCUAUGGUCGCGCCUCAAGGUCGACACAGUAAAGGAAGGAGAGCACGUAUCAAUCCCUACUCUGUUCACGGCAGCCAAGAGAGUUCUGAUUCAUGGCCGAGCUGGAGUGGGAAAGUCAACAUUAUGUAAAAAGAUCAUGCACGACCAUAUCAACGACGGCUUAUGGAGGGACCUAUUCGACUUGAUACUUUGGAUACCACUACGAAGGCUCAAGCGCAGCUCCCAACAGAAUGGCACUUUAGAAAACGCUUUCUACGACUUGUAUUUUUUGGAUCGUUCAGAUGGCCGCGACCUCGCAGCUGAGCUUAAAAACGCCAUGGACAGCACUCAAAGGGACAGAAUUCUAUUGAUUCUGGAUGGACUGGACGAGGUAUCGCAGGCGUGGGAACCUGAAACCCCAAUGCAUAAUCUCCUUAUACGGCUCCUGGAACAUCCACGGGUCAUCCUCACUUCCAGGCCGUACGGCUUGGGAAAUAGCGACCUGGACUCGUUCGACAUGCAGCUGGAGACAGUCGGUUUCACCGAGGACCAGGUUGAGGCGUAUAUCAAGAUGGCUGCAAAGGGCGACCUCCAGAGAUCCGACGAUAUACUGGCUUUUGUGACCAGCAAUGAAAUUAUCCAACACCUCGUCCGCAUCCCAGUGCAGUUGGACGCAGUUUGCUAUAGUUGGGAUCGCAAUUUUAUGUCCCGAGACAGUCCAAAGACAAUGACCGUGCUCUAUGAAGCAAUCACCUUAAAGCUCUGGCAAAAGGAUUUGUCCCUAUUACAGCAAUUGGUUCCUUCCAAGAACCUUACGGAAGACACGAUACGGGGCUUCAGCAUGGUCAAGAUAGAAGGCAUGAUUCAACAAGAACUGAGACUUGUAGAGCUGCUGGCGUUUACUGGGAUGCAUAACGGGCUGGUUGAGUUCAGCGCAGAUGAUAGACAGCGGCUGUAUGAUGCUCUCCUCCAGCAAGGAAUACUGAUACCAGACCUACCAGAGUCAAUUCUUAGAACAGUGUCCUUUCUCAAUACAUCAGACACCUCAGCCCUUGACUCGGAUCAGACAUAUCACUUCCUGCAUCUCACCUUUCAAGAAUUCUUUGCUGCCCGGUACCUUGUUCGCCACUGGAUGGAGAAGACAGAAUUGGAAUGUAUAAAUCUCAGCGAAAGGGCUCCUAGCAUUUCUCAUACGCAGCCCCAAGAAUUUCUCCAGAUCCAUAAAUACAACGCCCGGUAUGACAUUAUGUGGCGGUUCACCACAGGCCUUCUCCAGGAUUAUCCCCCACAGAAGCACUGGAGCGAGGAUCCGGUCAAGCAUUACUUUGACCAGCUGGACUCUGAGCCUCGCGACAUAUUGGGCCCCGUCCAUCAACGGCUGUUAACCCAUUGUCUCAGAGAGGUGGUCCCCAGAGUGCUCAACAAUGGGAUUCGCGUUAGGAUUGAGGAUCAGUUGCUGUCCUGGCUGCUGUUCGAAGCACAAAUGGGCAGGAUGUCGGGACUGUUGGGCGACAAGGAAUGUCCGGAACAUCUUCCGCUUGAGCUGUUACAGAGACACUCGCCCGAUGUCGAUAGGAGUGUUAUGUCUGCCUUUUCCCUUCGAACGAGUCUAUCACCGGUUGCUCUCGAGAGGAUACUGGCCCUUCUGAAGGAGGAUGAUGAGAACCUGCAGCACCUUGCUAUCAAUGUGUUUGCACGCCAGACACGCUGGCCGCCGGAAGCUAUGGAAAUCGUGUUUCCACUCAAGGUGCCUCAUUGUCUUUCAAUAUUUGUCGAUAAAAUGGUGGAGCAGGUUGCUAACUUUCCGCACAUCGUUGAACGUCUCCCUCUGUAUCAGAAAUCCGACGAUUGGCGUGUCAGGCUUGCAGCAGGGAGGGCAUUAGCCCGUCAGUCCAUUCUACCACCAGACGGGCUGGACGCACUGUUGCUUCUGUUGCAAGACCCUGACAGCGAGGUGAGAGGUGGUGUGGUAGCUGAGAUUCUUCAACCAAAACCCCUUGAAUCCGCCCUUAUCGAAGCCUUGAUUCCACUAUUCAGCGACGAGGAUAGCAGUGUGCGGGCUGCUGCGGCAGAGGUCUGGGGACGUCAGGAUCAUAUCCCAUCAGACGCUCGCGAUGGGCUUGAAAAGCUUCUACAAGACAAGGACGACACAGUAAAGGUCAACGCUGUUGCUUCGCUCAGUCGACACCAGCAAAUUACUGCAUCAGCAUUCAGCCUCCUCGUCCCGGUGCUGAAAAAGGCCGAGUUUCCCGCGGUAUCCAGCACUGUUAAGCGUGCGCUCAGCGCCUUGGAAGAGCAGAAGUCUUUACCACCAGACAUCGUGGAAGUACUUAUCGCGCUGCUGCAGGACGGGCGCGGCUUCAUACAGCCUACAAUCGCGAGAGUCCUCUCUCAGCAGCCGCCAGGCCUAACUGCGCCGGUGCACACCCUCCUGCAUGAUUAUUCUAUCCUGCGAUUAUAUGCGGACGAGGUACAACCGCCUCCCAUGCCACCAGAUCACCAGGACAGCAUACUUCGAAUCUUCCGAGAAGCUGGCGCCGAGAUGGUCAUGGAUACAGCGCACGCCUUUCGUAAACAGGCCCAACUAUCCCCACAAACCGUUAAUGGCCUGCUUCAGAUUAUGAUAGCAGGUGACAACAAAAUCCGCUCAAACUACUCGGCUUCGAUCCUUUCCAAUCAGUCUGUGCUGCCGGCGGAAAUUAAAGACCAGCUCUUCAGGUUACUGGAGAGUGAAUGCAGCACUAGUAUAAAGAGUAAUGCAACCGACGCACUGCGCAGGGAGACUGAUCUGCCACCACAAGUCAUCAAAGCCCUGCUUGCGGAGGCGAAGAAGGACACUUCGCAAUCCGCGCUUUAUACUCUAUCUAACCAAGCGAAUCUACCACCGGCGAUACUGGAAGAGAUCCUCCCGAUCCUGAAUUCGAAGGAUUCUGGAUCGAAAAUGCAGGUUGCGACCUUAACAAUGAAAUAUCCCCAGAUUGUCUCCAAGAUGUCCGCAAAAUACUGGGGUCCUUUGUAUAAGGUGUGGUUAGAGAGAGCCAUUAGCGAGAAGAUUAGCUGGACACUCAAGGGUAAUUGCCUUUCUGCAGAUACCUCUAAUGGUGUAACAGAAGUCCACUUUGAUCGUGCGCAGCUCGUCGCUUUCAGACGCGAGAUCCGGCGCGCACAGCUUGAACUGCGCAUUCCAGCUGAUACCCUGCUUCCUGAACCUCGAUGGCAGGACUGGUUUAUGAGUUUGGUGUCGUAA